AUGUUCAGGCAAAUACGGCGGCUUUCGUUUUCGCCCAAAACGUGUUUCCAGCUUCCACCCAACUACAAGCCCAACCUGCGGCAUGUCAAAAAAAUCCCAUUUGCCAAGGCGUGGGAGAUCUGGUGGAAAUCUCUUCAUCCGGGCCGUUUGGAAGAUCUUCAGCGCCAGCUAGUGAAUCUUCUGUUACCCCAGAGCCUCGAGGAAAACGCUGGUGUCGUUUACGAGGCCAAACGUGUGCCCAUUGGCCACGGCAACCACAUCAACGAGGUGUCUUUUGAAGUGACCAACGACCCGGCAUAUUCCACUUUACAUGUUGUCUUUUUACACGGCUACGGGGCGGCGCUUGGAUGUUUUGCCCGAAACUUCCAUCUCGUCAACCGUUUCAAGGGCCUUGGCCACAACUACAAGGUCCAUUUUCUCGACAAUCUCUCGUUUGGGUUGUCGCUGAACCCGAAGUUGUCUUCCAUAGACUACUGGAAGCCCAUUCCCAGGGCAGACCACAUCACGUUGCACGACACCAAGCCCACAAACCCUAAGGAGCUCUACAAAAAAUACUACAAGCUUGUGGACAGCUACGAUUUUGACGUGGACAAGUUUCGGGCCAGCAGCGAAAAGUUACUUCCUCAGUUGCAAGACAUCGAGAGCUACUACAUCGAUGCGCUAGACGCGUGGCGGAAGAGCUCCAACAUCAGCCGCAUCGACUACUUGGUGGGCCAUUCUUUCGGCGGGUACUGGUCUGGCUCUUAUGCGGUCAAGUAUCCCGACCAUUUGAAGAACUUGGUUCUUUUAAGUCCCGUGGGAGUGGAAAGACACGCCUAUGCCGUCAACACACCAGUUCCAGAGGAGACAACAAACAUCCAGCCAAGCUUGGAUCCUACUUCGCUGCGGUUUCUAAGCCGGUUUCCCAUCUUGUCCUCGAAAACCAUCGAAAUGUGGUACAAUGUCCAGCCAUACUUACCUCGGCUCUUGAAAUAUAUGGGCCCGUGGGGCGUCGCCAAAUACUACGACAUGUGGUACGGCAAGCUCUUUGCCAUCAACAAGGUGAUUGAAAAGCUUGGCGGAGCAUCUGUGUUUUCUAGUGCUAACGAAUUGAAGUACGGUACCAACACUGAAUGUCGGCUCCUCAUUGAAUACUUGUACAAUGCCAUCACCCACGGCUCUGCUUCGGACAUUCACAUCAAGUAUGUGCUUACGCCAGCAACCACCAGCAGAUUGCCGCUUUUUGAUAAGUUUGUUGAUGCUCCAGACAAUGAUUUGGCCAAGUUCAACAUGCAUGUGAUUUAUGGCCAGUACGACUUCAUGAACAGUGAAGCAGGCGAGAAGUUGGUGGAGCUGGUUAAUGCCCGGCUUGGCGAGAAAAAGGCACAGUUCCAUGUGGUUCCUGAGGGCGGGCAUAAUCUUUACAUCCAGAACCCUUUUGGAACCAACGACUUGCUUGAACACAUUAUAGCAGAAAAACCCUCUGCUUAA